AUGUCGGAGACUUCGUUGACUGCUCGAGAGAGACUUGCCCUCCGUAGUUGGGCUAGCAAGUUUACAUCUGUGACGCCGACUAUCCCAAAAGCUGCCGAAUGGGUGAAGGAAAGCUUUGGCAAGGUUGUUCCUGAAGCUUCCAUCAGAGCUGUGCUCAAGCGCGCAGCCCCUCCUCCCGAUAUACAAGCUUUCUACGAGUUACUGAUUGCUGACUGCAACACCAAGGACGAUGGUGAGAUCAGUAAACUCUACCGGCCAGGAUUCAACCGUCGGAUCGAUGACUUGCCAGAAGUCAAAUUCCCCAGCGCCGUACUUGAUUCUAAUUGGACUGCUGUCACGUUGACUUACUCGGAGCUGGCCAUGAUGUGGUUCAUUGAGCAAAUUACCAACAAGCCAGAAUGGCACUUGAAGGUCUUUGACCAUAAUAUCACCGCAAAGUGGAAGAAUGAAGUCAUGGCUGUUGACUGGGAUGCCGUCGAUCUCAAGUAUGCUCGAUUUGACGAUGCAAUGUUUGUAUGGUGCCUUAAGGAGCUUCAAGACAAAGCCAAGCUGUAUGAAGCCACUGGCAUGGUCCCGGUCAUCGAUGCAUCUGCUGCGGUGGUCAAGUCUGAUUGUGCCGUGACCGCCGAUGUUAAAGACGAGUUGAAGAAAGCAGUUGCUCGCCUUGAAGAUAUCCCCGACGAACAAAAAGACUGGCACCCCGGAAGCAAUGAAAUGGUACUCGAUCUAGUUCAUCCAUCUCUGUGGCCUCUCGCUUAUGGUAUCUCCCGCAUUUUACCCAAUGAAAGGAUCUCUCUCGAGGGCACGCUUAAAUCAUGCGGCGGAGGAGAAGUUAUCCCGAAGCCAAAGGAGAAAUUGAGCAACCUAUGGUCCCAAAGGUUCCAGUGGCUCCCGUGCGAAGUCGAGCUCGACGAUGAUAAGCCACGAAUCGUAAGCUACAUUAACAACCUGCACCCCCACCACCACGCCGGCCUGUACUCUGUAAUUGAGAAGAUCAUCGCCAAAACGCUUCCGCUCUGGGAUGUGGUUUACAGGUGGCCGAGCGAAUUUGAGACCCAGCGCAUCGAAAUGAAAUCCGUCGGGAGAGAAUGCCUUGCGCCUGAUGUGUGCAAAGACUCCUAUUGUUCCCCGGACAAUCGCCCGAUAGAGGCUGGCGAGGAGCCUCGCCAGGAAUAUGAUGAUUACUGCGACUGGCUGGACAGCGACCAAGAACCAGACAGCGACCCAGAAGUAGACACCGAAAUGAUUCGAAAAGACGUGGCUUGGUUCAGAGUGACCCAUCCCGUUAGGAGACCUGAUGUCCCCGAGUAUAAAUCUGUGUGCCCACGUGCCGAUGAUCUCAACCUACAGAAAGGUUUCUUGGGAGACACUGAACGAAUCCAAGUCAUUGUUAAACUGGCAAAUAUACAACUCACUCCAGAAAAGCCUCGGUACGCCGGAGGGUCAUGGCAUAUCGAGGGCCAGCUCAACGAGCACAUCUGUGCUACCGCAUUAUACUACUACGACAAUGAGAACAUCACCAACAGUCGACUUGCGUUCCGGACUACAGCCGACCGGGAAGAUCUGCCGAUGAACCUUGGAUACGAGCAAUGCGACGACUACUCGAUUGGCCGUACUUUCAAAAUCAAACCUCAGAGGGAAACGCUCCAGGAGCUUGGAAGUGUACUUACCUGCGAGGACCGCCUCCUCACCUUCCCCAAUGUCUACCAACACUGCGUUGCCCCUUUUGAGCUUGUCGACAAAUCCAAGCCUGGCCACCGCAAAAUCCUUGCGCUUUUCUUGGUCGACCCAGCCAUCCCAAUCAUCAGCACCGCCAAUGUGCCGCCACAACAGGAGCAUUGGUGGAGGGAGGGCGUGACAUACAAAAAUAUGCCGCCUGAGCUUGUUGACAUGGUUUUCGAUAACAUGGAUGUCCCUAUUAAUCUUGAAAGUGCCAAGAAGAUGAGAGAGGAGGUGAUGAAGGAGAGGACAGCAAUUGGAGAAGCCAAUAUCCAAAAGACGAGGUCCGAAACUUUCAACUUUUGUGAACAUUAG